CCAGCAGUCUCCUCUCUUGUGUGUAGUCCAGAGCGCAAAACGCACUUCUUCUGGUGCGACCGGAGGGCGCAAAAGUAGCAGCUCUCCGACACUGACGCGCACACCAUCUCCCACUCCGGCGGCCCUGAAUCCCACUUCUCUGAGCGGGAAAGAAAGAGUUCCUCACUAACUCCCGGUGACUCUUCCAGCCAUGGACGCAUCUCGACUCGUAACGCUUUAUCUGGGCAUGCUCCUUCUUUUCCUUGGGAAUAUACCGUGUUUCCAGUCUGCUGCUAUCAUCUCUCCCUCUGCGCCGAGAAGAAACAGGGGGGCCCGGAUCUCUCAUCCGGACGGACAAAGGUCAUCCAAAAUCCUAAAAGACAUCUUCGCGUCCACGCACCCUAUCGUGGGCCAUCACAAAGAAGACAUAAAGGACUCUAUUGUGCCGCAUGAAUACAUGCUCUCCAUAUACAGGACAUACUCGGCUGCAGAGAAGCUCGGACUAAACGCCAGCUUUUUCCGCUCCUCUAAAUCUGCCAACACCAUAACAAGUUUUGUGGACAGAGGAACAGGGGUUAGAGGAGAGGGGCCCCGGCGGCGGAGGAGGACGGCGCUGAGCAACCGGCACGGGAAGAGGCAUGGGAAGAAAUCCAAAUCCAGGUGCAGCAAAAAGGCGCUGCACGUGAAUUUCAAAGAGCUGGGCUGGGACGACUGGAUCAUCGCGCCUCUGGACUACGAGGCGUACCACUGCGAGGGGGUGUGCGACUUCCCCCUGCGGUCGCACCUCGAGCCGACCAACCACGCCAUCAUACAGACGCUCAUGAACUCCAUGGACCCCAACAGUACCCCGCCCAGCUGCUGCGUCCCCACCAAGCUCAGCCCCAUCAGCAUCCUGUACAUAGACUCGGGCAACAACGUGGUGUACAAACAGUACGAGGACAUGGUGGUGGAGCAGUGUGGGUGCAGGUAGCGCUCCUUACAUAAUAUGCAUUAAAAAAACAACAACAAACUUUAAAAGACAGAGAAAUCAAAGUUAAGUCUUGAUGGGUCCCAGGUUGAAGAUACGAAACCCUCACAGGUCUGACAUGCCUUGACGCAUGACUUGUCUUUAUUGAAAAGGGAUGCACACCAUGGCGCUAUUUAUUCAGACUCAGUACAGUCCCGAUAAGUCCCCUCUCUGCCUCAACGCGUUACGCCUUGAUCCCCAACCAACAAGUCCUCACUCAUCAGACAGGCUUCUGUUUCCCAGUGAGUGAGGCGGGUCCAUUAUGGCACAAGGGCUGGGUACGAGGCGAGAUGCACGGGGCCUAUUGAGCGCGAUUGUGCACCUGUUCGUGCCGAGGCCAGAGGACAGUGGGCUUCGGCUGUCAGCGCCUCAUUGUUGCAGCUCUGCCGUGUGAUCCUGCCUGCCAGGCCGGACUCUUUUGGGUAUGUGCAUCCAGGCCGUAAUUGCCACUGUCCAGCUGGAGUCAUUACAGGCCCGAGCAAGUGCCUGUUCUCCAAAUAAAGGGGGCGAAUGUCGAAUCUACCACACACACACACACACACACACACACACACACACACACACACACACACACACACACACACACACACACACACACACACACACACACACACACACACACACACACACACACACACACACACACACUGGUCUGAGGAGAGGAGAUAAGAUGGUGAUGGGAAUGCCUUCAAGAGAUUUUUUGCCUUACUGGAGAGCAUUUGAGAGGCGUCGUGCGCCUUUGUGGACAGAAAGGACACAACACCAGGCUCGUGCCUAUCUGGGGCCCUGUUUGUAAAAAAACAACAAAAAAA